UUAACCUCUCAGUCUCAGGUCUGCUCCGGUCCCAGUAAGGGGAAUCAGUGCUCCCUGUGUGUCUCUUUCUUUCUCUCUCUCUCUCUCUCUCUCUCUCUGCAUCCUGCGCUCCAGGGGUACAGACAGACAGACAGAUCACCCCUCUGCUCUCUACUGAAUCACUACAGUCUGGGGGAAACUUUAAUCCUUUCAUUUCCUGUGAACAUUUUGGUCAUCCGGCCGUCUGUCCUUCUGUUUACUCCUGUCCUUCUCUUCCUCCUUUCCUCUCCCCCUCUUCUUCUCUCUGUGUCCACGACGAGACGAGUUGUCUGGGGAUUUUCUCAUUCUCCCUCCUGAUCUGUUUCCCAGAGGAGCUCGGCGCUUCUCUUCUGUUCUUCUCUCUCUUUGUUUCUGCCUCCAUCCUUCAUCGCCAUGGAUAUGGGCAGCCUGACAACGGUGGUGGCCAACUCGGCCUACAUCUCGGCGCGCGGGAGCUUCGACGGCACGGCCAACCCGUCCGCCAACCGAGACAAGAAGUACCACACCCGCCUGAAGCUGCCUCACAUCACGGUGUGCGAGGGCCUCAGGGAGACUCUGGACCUGGGCUUCCAGACCGCCUGCGUGGAGCAGCCCAUCGGCAAGCGUCUGUUCCAGGAGUUCCUGGAGGCCAACAACGAAUACAAAGGCCCCUGCCGCCUGUGGAAGGACGUGGAGGAGUACAACCAGGCCGAGGACCAGGACCGCGUUAAGAAGGCCUCCAAGAUGCUCUCUCGCUACAUGGAUCCAAGCGCCAAACACUUCUGCCCUUUCCUGCCGGAGAACGACAUCACCAAGGUGAAGGAGAAGCACGCGGAGGCCGGAGACGAUCUGUUGGUGGAGACUCUGACCAGCGUACUGGACUUCCUCAAGGAGGUCCCUUAUACCUUCUACCUGGACAGCAUGCACCUGAAGAGGUUCCUCCAAUGGAAAUGGCUGGAGAUGCAGCCCACGGGGGAGGACUGGUUCAUGGACUUCCGUGUCCUUGGGAAGGGGGGCUUCGGGGAGGUACACGCCACCUCCAUGAAGGCCACGGGGAAACUGUACGCCUGCAAGAAGCUCAACAAGAAGAGGCUGAAGAAGAGGAAAGGAUAUGAGGGUGCGAUGGUGGAGAAGAGAAUUCUGGCACGUGUCCACAGCAGGUUCAUCGUGUCACUGGCCUACGCCUUCCAGACAAAGACUGAGCUCUGUCUGGUCAUGACCAUCAUGAAUGGAGGAGACUUGAGGUAUCAUAUCUACAAUGUGGAUGAGAACAACCCAGGGUUUGAUGAGCAGAGGGCCUGUUUCUACACAGCUCAGAUCAUCCAGGGUAUGGAGCACCUGCACCAGAAGAGAAUCAUCUACAGAGACCUCAAACCUGAGAACGUGUUGUUGGAUAAUGAAGGUAACGUGCGUAUCUCUGACCUUGGUCUGGCUGUGGAGCUGGAGGACAACCAGACCAAUAUCAAAGGCUACGCUGGGACUCCAGGGUUCAUGGCCCCAGAGCUGCUGAAAGGGGAGGAGUAUGACUGGUCAGUGGACUACUUUACCCUUGGGGUCACGCUGUAUGAGUUCAUCGCUGCCAAGGGACCUUUCAGAACCCGAGGAGAGAAGGUGGAGAACAAAGUAGUGAAGAAGAGGAUUCUGAACGACCCCGUGGCCUAUCCGGAGAAGUUCAGUGAGAAAGCCAAGUCCAUCUGCGAGGCGCUGCUGUGCAAGACGGUGGACCAGAGGCUGGGCUUCAAGAACGGGUCCUGCGACGAGCUCCGAGCGCACCCCUUUUUCAGCGAACUCAACUGGAUGAAACUGAACGAAGGGAUCCUGGUGCCUCCGUUUGUUCCCGACUCCAAGACGGUCUACGCCAAGGAUCUGGACGCCGUCGGAGCUUUCUCAACAGUGAAGGGAGUCACCCUGGACGACCCCGACAAGGAGUUCUUUGACGAGUUCUCCUCGGGGAACAUCCCCAUUCCCUGGCAGGAGGAGAUGAUCGAGACGGGGAUCUACGGGGAGCUGAACCUCUGGGGGGUCGGGGGGGCGCUGCCCAACGACCUGCGCAGGGAGAGCAUCCUGGAACAGCCCCCGAAGUCCUCCACCUGCUGCCUGUCAUAGAUCAGAGGUCAAGGGGUAGGGAACAUGGAACUCUUUGGUUGCGUUCCCCUGCUCAGACGUUGCAUGCAUCAGCCAAUGGCUGCGUGCCACAUCAUCGACCGUGGCAUCGACUGACAGAUAGCUAUAACAUAUAAUGUGGUUAGCUGAUACUGUAAGUAAAAUAAAAAUCCAGGCGUUGUCAGAUCUGGCAGGCAUCAGCAACGCCUGGGCACGGGAAAGCCCCCUUUAUGAAUAUCAUUACUAGGAAGGAUAUCAUUGGCCGGCCGAGUGGAGGAAGUAGUCUCGGGCCAAUGGCAGAGACGUGGUCACGAAGGAGGCGGGUGGAUUUAAUGGAAUGGGAUGGGUUGUAAAACGAUGGAAUGUUUAUUUAGUUUAUUAUAUGUUAUGUAUCACUAUGUUUAUCAAAAUGAACAAGUUAAAAGACGUUUUAGAUAUCUACACCUGUUUCUUCUCAGUGAAGAAUCAUUAUUUUCUUGCUACUACGGCAACUGGUGAAAUGCACCAUUUAUUGUACUUCACCAAAGAGACAGAAUAGUUCUUUAACAGCCAGCCACUAUGCUGAGAAAACUACAUACAGUCACUGUAAUGUUUGAUUUAUUAUAACAGAACUAUAAUGGCUCUGUUUCUGUUUACUUGUUUGUCUUUUGCUGUGGAAUCUUCUGAGUUUUGGGAAUGUGAUGUCAUCAAUGCAGUGUGUGUGUGUGUGUGUGUGUGUGUGUGUGUGUGUGUGUGUGUGUGUGUGUGUGUAUAUAUAUAAAUGUAAAUAUAUGUAUUUAGAUAGAUAGGGGAGAACUCAUCACUUGGUUUUAUCUGAUUGUCAUGUGCAGUGACUGUAGCUCUCUCUGUCCCCUCUCUUCACACUCCAUCACAAGUCUCUCAGAUAUACAUCAGUUUAAUGACAGAUAUAAAUCCAACUAGCAUCCAGUAUUUUAUGUCUCUGUUCUACUGUAUAUUCUUAUGCUCCACAAGGUCUUUUCAAAUUACGGUCAGAGGCCUAUGGGUCCUGGUCAAAAGUAGUGCACUAUAUAGGGAAUAGUGUGCCAUGGGCCCUGGUCAAAAGUAGUGCACUAUAUAGGGAAUAGUAUAUAGGGAAUAGUGUGCCAUGGGCCCUGGUCAAAAGUAGUGCACUAUAUAGGGAAUAGGGUGCCAUGGGUCCUGGUCAAAAGUAGUGCACUAUAUAGGGAAUAGGGUGUCAUGGGCCCUGGUCUAAAGUAGUGCACUAUAUAGGGAAUAGGGUGCCACUUGGGAUGCAUAUUCCAAUAUGGAGUUACAGCAAUGUUGGUUUCUUGAUAAUAAAUACUGAUAUGACAUCAUAAACCCUGCAAGGAGUCACUCAUAAUCACUCAAUACAAAUUCUAAGUUGUACAUGUCACUUUUCAUAUCAGUAGAUAUGGGUGACAUAUCAGUAUAUACAGUGGGGCAAAAAAGUAUUUAGUCAGCCACCAAUUGUGCAAAUUCUCCCACUUAAAAAGAUGAGAGAGGCCUGUAAUUUUCAUCAUAGAACUUGCACAAUUGGUGGCUGACUAAAUACUUUUUUGCCCCACUGUAUAUAUGUGUGAAUUAUCAGUAUUUAUAUGUGUGACAUAUCAGUAUAGAUAUGCGUCACAUGUCAGUAUAGAUAUGCGUGACAUAUCAGUAUAGAUAUGCGUGACAUAUCAGUAUAGAUAUGCGUGACAUAUCAGUAUAGAUAUGCGUCACAUAUCAGUAUAGAUAUGCGUGUGUCAGUAUAGAUAUGCGUGUGUCAGUAUAGAUAUGCGUGACAUAUCAGUAUAGAUAUGCGUGAC